AUGGCUCGCACAACUAUCACUGGAGGACAACCGAGUCUAGAUGAAACCUUUUCGAAGCUGGCAAAGGUGUCGAUUUACGACUGGGCAGAGACUGAUCGUCACCUGGAUUAUCUGAGAACAUAUUGCAUUCUCAUAGACUAUGAUGCAGCUAAAUGCCACGGAAAACAAGCGUGGGCCAAUAUCUCGAUAUCCAAGGCCUUGCUGCAGCUUUACCGCGCCCAAAGUCAACCUCCGCUUGAUGAAAUCGGCAUCUUGGAACGCAUUGAGUUCUAUCUUCAGAUCAAGGAAGCAACACAUUCCUUAGGGCAUGGUGCUUUGGAGUCCUCUGUGCUAAGCCAAACAGUUGCAUGGGCGUCUCACAAUAGUGACUAUACUCAAGUCGGGUCUGAGCAACGUCUCCUCGACCUCCUACGGUUCUUCGUGCGAAUCCACAACUACAACAAUAAAAAUAUUCCCGAAACGCAAGUUGUGCAGCCUUGGAAAUCAGGUUCGGACUUCAGGACGCUGCAUACGGAAAUGGAGGAGUACACCGUGCAUUUCCCGAGUACCCCAUCUCUUGACGAGAACGACACUAGCCAAGACGAUAUUGAGUAUACAAUCACGGAAGCAAUGUGCUCACUGUAUACUGCUUUGCUGGGCUACUGCUCGGUGCAUGCGAUAUUUGUGCUAUUGAAUCAAUUGCAUAGGCAACCCAAACAUCAACAACUUGGUAAAGUUGUUGGUAGCCUCAAGUUUGCCUUUACGCUGUUAGCUGCCGUCCGACGAUUCUACGCUCCAGCGGCAAGCUGGAAGCACAAUUGGUGA